UCAAUAAAGUGGUUUUGACGUGAAAAUGUGGAGACUUUUGCUUUCUGCCUUUCUGGCUAGUUGUGUUGCUGUACAUAUUCCUGGUGUACCACAGGAGUUUACUUCAAACGAUCUUGUACUCUCUGGCAUUUCGGAUGAAAUUGCAGAAAAGUUCUCGCAGGAAUACAUAAAUUACCUUAAGACUGGUGUUGAGUCUGCCGCCCUUCGGCAAAUCUCCGCUCAGCUGGCGAAUGCGCAUAGUAAAAAGGACCUCUUCACUAAAGAGCUUGAGGAAUUGUCUUUGGCAGAUCAAUUUGUAGCCUGUACCACCUGUAGGGCCACCGUCAAUGUUGGUGCUCGUUUGUUUCGCGAAGAGAAUGGCGAGUUCACAGGUGAAGGAGCCGAUGACAAAAUAAAAAGUAUUGCUUUGGAUGUGUGUCUCCGACUUCAAUUGCAGACGUCGGAAGUGUGUUCCAAUCUGAUUGAUUUCAAUUUUCCAACGGUUGCCUACAUCGUCAAAUACUCCAACAUCGAUUCCCGUACGUUGUGUUCGCUUUUCAUGGAGUUCAAUUUUUGCAAUGUAAAGAAUGCAAACUACAAUUGGACGCUAGAAAUUGACAGUGAUGGCGAGGCAGUGACAGCGCCAAAGUCAGAAAUACCCACAAAAAAUGGAAAUGAAUUGAAAGUUUUACAUAUAACCGACCUUCAUUACGAUCCCUUGUAUACACCUGGCUCCUUAGCUGAAUGUGACGAGCCACAGUGUUGCCAGCGGGAUGUGGAAUUCAUUGAGAGUACUAAGGCAGCUGGAUACUGGGGUGAUUAUCGUGAUUGUGACGCACCUUGGCAUAUGCUAGAUGAUGCCUUCGCGCAAAUCAAGGCCGAACACACAAAAAUCGAUUAUAUAUAUCAAACUGGCGAUGUCGUCGACCACAUGGUUUGGGGAACUUCAGUAGAGAAAAAUACUGAAAGUUUGAAAAAAGUUAACACUCGGUUGGCAGAAAUUUUUCCUGAUGUACCGAUAUAUCCUUGUAUUGGAAAUCAUGAGCCACACCCUUUAAAUCUUUUCAGCCCGGGGGAUGUGCCUGAUGGAGUCAACACUCGUUGGUUGUAUGAGCAGUUAUAUGAACAGUGGUCUACAUGGUUGCCAGCCGAUACCAAAAAUACCAUCUUGGAGGGUGGUUAUUACACAGUAUCUCCAAGAGUCGGUUUCCGAGUAAUAGCUUUGAAUAACAACGACUGCUAUACCUCUAAUUGGUGGUUGUUCUAUGAUGGAACUAACAAGAUCCCACAGCUGCAAUGGCUGCAUGACACACUGUUGGCCGCCGAAAAAGCCGGAGAGUACGUGCACAUUCUGACGCACAUUCCCACCGGAGAUAGUACUUGUUGGUCUGUAUGGGCGCGGGAGUUCAACAGACUAGUGGAACGAUUCAGGAAUACCAUCAGUGGAAUCUUCAAUGGUCAUUCGCACAAAGAUGAAAUGCAUUUAUAUUAUUCGGCGAAUGGACAUGCGGUUGCUGUCGCCUGGAACGGUGGGGCACUAACAACAUAUUCUGAUAGGAAUCCAAAUUAUAGGUUGUAUCAUGUUGAGGACGAAAGCAUGCAAGUCGUAGAUCAUGAAACGUGGAUCUUCAACUUAACGGAAGCUAACUCUCAUGGCGAUUCGAAAUCACCAAACUGGUUUAAGGAGUAUGAGUUCGCCGCUGAGUUUACAACAAAUUUAAGUCCGGCAGGAAUCGACAAAUUACUAGAAGAGAUGGCAGAAAACCCCAAUAAAUUGAGAACGUUGUGGAGAUAUAUAGUUACAUCUGCGGAUCCAAAACUAAAUGCUGGUUGCGACAGGGCUUGUCUGCUUGGUGUAAUAUGCCGCAUAGCGACGACUGUGAGUACCCAAAAGACACGCUGUGAAUAUUUACGUGCUAAACUGAGCAUUGCGCUGGACAAUGAGAAUAUAGUUACAGGCUCAACUGCUGCACCAAGCACUUCAUCCUCCCCGGCUGCAACGACCAGUGAGGGAGGUGAUACUUCCACCGAAAAACCCGGAGGAAAUGGUGCGGUCUCAAAGAGCAUCUCAUUAAAUUUCCUCUUUGUCGCUGUGCUUUUUGCAGUAUUGUAUAAUGUUUGAAAAGCUUAAGAAUAUGUACAUAGAUAGGUGAAAUGAAAUGUUGUUUUUGU